CCCACACCCCAGAGCCAACACCAUGUCCGCAGGAGGAGAUUUUGGGAACCCAUUGAGAAAAUUCAAAUUGGUCUUCCUGGGGGAGCAAAGCGUUGGGAAGACAUCUCUGAUCACGCGGUUCAUGUAUGACAGCUUUGACAAUACAUACCAGGCAACCAUUGGGAUUGACUUCUUAUCAAAAACUAUGUAUUUGGAGGAUCGUACGGUCCGAUUGCAACUUUGGGACACCGCUGGACAGGAGAGAUUCCGCAGCCUAAUCCCCAGUUACAUCCGGGACUCUACUGUGGCAGUGGUGGUGUAUGACAUCACAAAUCUCAACUCCUUCCAACAGACCUCCAAGUGGAUUGAUGAUGUCAGGACAGAAAGAGGAAGUGAUGUCAUCAUCAUGCUGGUGGGCAACAAAACAGACCUGGCAGAUAAGAGGCAGAUAACAAUUGAAGAAGGAGAACAGCGCGCCAAAGAACUGAGUGUCAUGUUCAUUGAAACCAGUGCCAAGACAGGAUACAAUGUAAAGCAGCUAUUCCGGCGUGUUGCUUCAGCUCUCCCUGGAAUGGAGAAUGUUCAGGAGAAAAGCAAAGAAGGGAUGAUUGACAUCAAGUUGGACAAACCACAAGAACCCCCAGCUAGUGAAGGUGGAUGCUCCUGCUAAUACAGAGCCCUGGAUUGGUCAGCUUCAUUUGACACUACCCGCUUCUUGUGUUGCUUCCUAUUGGUUAGCUUCCUAAAAGAAAAAAAAAAGUUUAUCAAGAUGGGAGGAUUUUUUUUUUCUCUCUGUCUCUUCCGGGUGGGAUGGGAUGGGUGAGGGGGGGGUGUUGGGACUCAUGUCACUCUUAACAGCUGUUACUUAAACAACUAUUUUUUGGUUUGGUUGUAAUAUAUUGUACUUUAUUAAGAUUGCCAAAAACUGUUAAAAUUAAAAAAAUUUAAAUCAUGUGUAUACAACUUUUUGCCAGAUGAAAAUGUAGUCAUUUUUAUUUGAAAGAGGUUGGGCCUUUUGUUUUUGUAUAUUUGUAAACUUAUAGAGAAGAUUUCCCCUCCCCACUUCUACAUUCUGUCCUUCCUACAUCAUUUGACCUUCCUCUCCCUGCCCCCAAAACCUCCUCCUUCCCAUACUCCUUAACUUCUCACUCCCCCCCCCACCCCAUCCUGUCCAUUAUAAAUAAAUAAAACCAGGCAACUUGAUUAAGCUCUGACCCCAGGCAAUCUGACCCAGAACAUGUCCCCCUGGUACAGACUCCAAGUGGUUAAAACCAAAUACUGACUCUAAAAAAGCAUGCUGCCAAGUACAGCUGUAAUUAUGUCUUUACUCCUCUUCUGUGGCCAUAUAUAUUAAUAUACAUGUAUAUCAGCUAUUGAAACAGGCCUGGACUCUAAGCCCUGAGCUUCAAGAAAAGCUGCUUUGAUGGUCCAUGGGAAAUCUGGCAGCAGGCUUAAAGGGAUCGAAAUCAACUUUCUCUUGCCUCUCCAUUGCAUCCCCCUGAAAACCUGCUGGGGGAGUCUGCUAAAUGGGCCAUGGAUGGAUUUGGGGAGUAAGCAGACAGUGGGAGGAAGCAGUUAUCUUGGCAAAUGUGGGUGGGACCAAUGUAAAUUUUACAGGCUGGUGAAAAUAUCCAUGGUCCUAAACAUUUUCCUGACCUAGCUGCCAAACUGAUAUACAUGUAUAUUUGGAUCCAUUAUAAGGGAUGUGCAGAAAGAAAAGAAAAUGUUUGAUGUUGAGCAGUGUACAACACUUGCUUUCUCCAUGAGUUCUGGAUGAUUGGUGAACUCAAGAUCAGUGGGAUGAAGUGUGUCCCAAGCUCACUAUUGUGUAUCAUACAGUAUUAUUCCAUACCUGAUUUGGGGGUGGGGGGUGGGGAGGGCAUGGUAUCUGCAGAACUACUAUAGGAAUAAAUGUUUUUAGACCUUUAGUUGCUAAUACUGUUGGGUACGGUUCUACAAAAACAUUAUUUCUUGAUGUUUUUUCAUUCCACUUGUGUAGUAUAAACAUGAUCUAUACGCACACACUGUCAUGAAUAUCAAGGUUACACUGUUGUCACUUUACGGUAUGGUUGAGCUGCAGGGACCUGGGAUGGCCUGCGUAGGGGAGUGGUGCUGGUGACAUCCACACCUUUCAAGGAGAGCUGUGCUUGCCAUUUUUGAUUCACUCCUGAGAAAGACUCAGUCCCCAAGACCAUUUUAACACCUUUGGAAAUGUCUUUUAUAAGCUAAGUAGCAUUUCCCCAUGGGCCAGCCAUGCUGAUGAAUAUGGAUGGGCCCAUGAAGCCAAGGCCAAGGAGAAAUGAAAACUCAGCCUUAAAGAAAUCUGGCUGUACACAAAACUAGAAACUGUAACACACCGCCCCCCCCCAACCCCCCCAAUGUGGUCCUGACUUGGAAUACCUUCAGGCUACUGAUGCAUUUUCACUGGGAGAUGGGAAAUGGAAAAAAAAAAUCAUGCAACCUUUUAGGCAGUCUAAUUGGAUUUCUUUAAGAAUCCCUCCAUAAGAGGGAGGAGAAUGAAAACACAUCUGGAAUGAAACCAAUCUCAGAAACCAAUCCAAAAUGGCACCCAACUACUUGAUAAGUAGAGGAGAACUCUGUAGUACCGUCUAACAUUUGUCCCGAGAGGUCUGCCCCCAUCAUUUCAGCAUUAGGUACUGGUGCAUAGGGGCUGAUCUUUGAAGCGCAAUUUAUCUUCAGGUGAGGAUAAGGGGAAACAGAAUUCCCAAAUGAGUUCCUCUCCCCAGAGGACAAAGAUCAAUGUGCUCACCAAAAUCAGAUGUGUCACGUGCUUAAUUUUUAUAUAGGUGUGUACAUAAGUAUAUAUACAUAGUUAGAUUGUGUAUAUGCCACACACACGUACAUGCAUGUGUGCAUGCGUGCACACACAAUGUAUAUUUUUGUUUCUCCUACUGUUAUCAAGUUGGAAUUUGCUUUGUGAUGACAGUCUUGGAAAAUGAAAAGUGCUGCAACUGUCAAAAUAAGAGGUAAUUAAUAUUUGUCAGAUAACUUGUGAAUUGUCUCGCCAUCAAUAAACUAAUGCAUCGAUGUGUUCAACUAGAGGAAAAACAUAGCACAUGAGAAUAUCUCCACAUUAUAUAUACAUAUAUAUAUAAUAUGUACAUAUGUGUGUGUGGAUGCACAUGUGUGGAUGUGGCUCCAUGCAUACGCAGGCCGCACACUUUACAGUGGUGCUUGGUGGAAGAUCGCUGAGUUACCUCACGCUACCUUAAAGGCGUUCAUGUCCCUGGGUUACAAUGUAUGGUUUUUUCUUUGCAGUGAAGUACUUGUGACCUCUGUGCUGGGCAGAUUUGCAGUGAUCUCCACUGUGUGUUCAGUGAAUGAAUGUAUGGAUUCUUUUUGCAUCAUAGAGUAGCAUUUUUUCUCUUGUGACAUUCCUGUAAAACAAGCCGAGAAAGACACUUCCCUUCACGCGUGCACAAAAUCAGGGGAACAGUAACCUGUUUCCAUCAGUAGCCAUAGAGGAACUAUGCUUGGUGCACAGUGGAAGAUAUAGCUUGUCUUGGUGUUGCCUGCAGCCAGCCAUGGUUUUCCAGGUGUGUACACAGCAAUUCCCUUUCUCUUUCCUGUGCCCUUCCCUACUCUCCCCUCUCCUCUCCUUCUUUCCCUAACUCCUAACUCAAACCUUCCCCUCCCAUUUGAAUGCUCCUUUAAAGGUUAGGGCCUUUAUUUCUUCCUGUCUCACUGAUUUCCAUUCCAUGACCUUUUCCUUUCUCUACACCCUUCCCCUCUUCUUCCAUAAUUCCUUUCUCAUGGACUGUUGUUCCAGCAAUCAAACCUACUUCACAAAAGUGCAUUUCUCCUUUUUCUCCCAUCCUAACCAGGUAGCAUCACCACACUCUUGCUUGGAGAACCAGAGUGGAACCUUGAUUGAGAACACCCUGGGGUUUAAUUCUACCUCAGUGAUCUCUUGACUUUAUCUCGGGAUCUGGACCAUACUUGGUCCAAGAAGAAAGUGGAUCUGUUCCCUAGAAGAAAGCUUCGGGAGAAACCCCUCAAUAUCCCGAGAAAGAAUGGUUUACAAAUGCUAAAUCCAAAUAGGAUAGAGAAGGGCAAAGCUGUUAUCUUUUUAGAGAUGACCUCAAUCAAGUUUAGUGAUUUCCCCUCAUAAGGACUGAGAAGAGAGGUUCCAAUUUGGACAGGGUUUUCAGUUGGCCCUCAGUAUUUGGGUUCCAGGAUGGCUAAGGUGGAAUCAGGAUCACAGUAGUUUCAGGACUGCAACCUUUAAAGAAGUGUUUUGGGGGACUGAACCACAACCAAAAUGGUCUAAUGGAACGUACAAGAGAGCAUAGUUGGGGAAGCCUGUCGAGGGUAGCAUCAGAAAGUGAGUCAGUAGUUCAGACAUCCAAACUGUAGUUGUGAACUCCAACUGGGGGCACCUGACCACCUCGGGUAUCCAGUAAGCUUAUAUCCUUUUCUUUGAAUGGCUUUACCACCAUCAUUUUCACCCCUAAGCCAGCCACUCUUUCUUGUCAUAGUGCCACCCCAGAUAUAUGCUUAGGCUGACAUAUCUCUCCUCACUCUGAUGUAUUCAUUACAAAUCAGACAACAGAGAGGGGACUCAAGUUCCAGAUAGGAUGCUUAGUGGUCUCUAAGGUCCCUUCCUACUCUGAGAUUCCAUUGUUCUAGGACAUGUAUGGGAACAAGAAAAAGAAAUCAGACCCCAAGAAGAAAAGAACUCAGAACUCUUAAGUCUUUGAAUGAUAUUCUCUGUUCAUCUAUACUGGCCUGGAAUUAAAGACAGCUGACUUCUAAAUACUCAAGUUAAAGGCAUGCCAUAAAGUCAUGAAACUUCAUCCACUGGAAGGUUUUAUUACAUCACACUCAUGCCUUUUUAUAUCUUAUCCUAUGAUAAGAGAGGCAGGCAAAAAGGAGGUGGUAAUAUCACCUGAAAGGACUGACUGAAACACUGAAAAGUAGACUAGGAAAACAGGGGAAGGAUAUUAUCAGAAGACACCAUGUUAGUACAUGGUGUUCAAGAACAGCUCAAUGUAGCUGCAAAGUCUUGGAUUUCUAGACUACUUUUCCCCCAAAGAAUGAAAACAUUUUCCUGUCUCUUAUUUGACUAUUCUUGAUACAUUUCUACAAGAUAAGACGUGAUAGGAAUUGUAAUUCUCCCUAUUUCGCAGAUAGGAAAACUGACAGAAGAGUAAAGUGACCUGCCCAAAGUUAUAGAAGUCAGAAGUUGUUCUGAUCUCAGAAGCCAGGAUUCCUCAUUCUUCAUCCAGUGCCCAUUUAUAUGUGUAUAACUGGGGCUCUAGAUUUAUAUACAGAUGAUGUGUCUAUAUGUGUAUUAUAUGAAGACAUACUUUAAAGCCUUUAUGCUUGGGGUAAUAGGUGGAAAUAAAGUUGUUUUAGUCAUUUCUUCAUCCAACUUGAUAAGUAGGAAUCAGAUUCUACCUAGAGUGUCUGCCUAAAUCGGGAGAUAAUACUAGUGAGACUUGGACUCCACUCCAAAGAAGGGUGGCUUUCCAUGACCAUUCUGAUAUCCCUGAAGGUGGAUAAACAGAUUAGAGGACCCUCAGCACUGGCCAAUGACUCAAAUGUCUUAAUGGUGUCAGAAUGAAAAGCAGCCUGAAGAGUGUGGAUGUUUAAGAUUUGGAUAAAUUUGUUUUAAAGUAAGAUACUUCUAGAUUCCAACCAUCUUGGGUCUUAUUGUACACAUUCACCUGACUCUGAACCCACUUUAAGCAAAUUAAUGUGGUUGAGCAUAACUCAAUAAGUCAGCCUCAGGAGAGGGAGCCAGGGCACCAUCUUGGUCGUUCUACAUCAGUAUCAAGUCAUUGUUUCCAUAGCAUGGACAUUAGUCUACAUCUUGAUGUGUGAACUGAGGAGCUUUGAGUCAUCUCUUUCCUUCACUAUCCUCUUGCCCCCUUCCCUCAUUUCCUUCCUCCCAAUCCUCCCCUGUAACUUGGCUGGCCGUUGGAAGCUCUGGUGGUGGCAUGUCCGUCUCUUACUGGCUCAGGAGGUACAAGUGGCCAUAUUGACUUUCCAUAAAACUGUGUAAAAAAAUUGAAGACUUAGCAUGUUGGUCAAUCAAACAAUAAACUGUCUUAAUUCUCAAUA